UCUCUAUCCGACUUGCAUAUAUUAUUUAAUAAUUUUGUUCGUUUGAACUUGAACGUUGUAAAACGUUUUUUUAUUUUAUGUAAUGCGUAAUAAUGAAUUUUGUGUUUGACUUCUAAGAACAAGUUAAAAAUCCGAGUAAUUACAGAAAAAUAAUAGUUCAUCAUGGCUGACGCAGCUGCUCGUCAGCUUCAAUAUGAAUAUAAAGCAAAUUCCAAUCUUGUUCUACAAGCUGAUGUGCGACUUAUUGAUCGACGUAACCGCGAUGAAGCUACUGGAGAAGUAUGUUCGUUGGUGGGAAAAUUGGAAGGUACGAAGAUGGGAGACCGUUUUCAAAGAACUAAACCAGUGAAAGCAGAAGAAAGAAAAGCCAAAAGACAAAAACGUGAUGAAGCACAAUAUGACUUUGCUCGAAUGAAAGGAACUACUCUUUUAUCAGAUGGUGUUGAUGAUAUGGUCGGAAUUAUGUACAGGCCUAAAACUCAAGAGACCAGACAAACAUAUGAAGUGUUGUUAAGUUUCAUACAGGAAGCACUUGGUGAUCAGCCUAGAGAUAUUCUUUGUGGUGCAGCUGAUGAAGUUUUAUCUGUAUUAAAAAAUGACCGCCUUAAAGAUAAAGAAAAAAAAUCUGAUACUGAAAGUUUAUUAGGCUCAUUAGCUGAUGAACGAUUUGCACUUUUGGUUAAUUUAGGGAAAAAAAUAACUGAUUUUGGAACUGAUGAAAAAGGAACGGCAAAUACUGAAGAUAAUAUUGAUGAAACAUACGGUAUAAAUGUCCAGUUUGAAGAGAGUGAAGAAGAAGAUGAUGAAGAUGUAUAUGGUGAAAUCCGAGAAGGUGAUGAUCAUGAAGAUGAAGGUGAAGAAUCAAAAUUAGAUGCUACUAUUCAUGCAGAAAAUCUGGACAAACGUGCUGUUAAAAAACCUGUUGAACAAGCCAAAAAAGAAAAAAGUUUGCACGCUUUAGAUAUUGAUGCUUAUUGGCUUCAAAGAAGUUUAUCGAAGUAUUAUAGUGAUGCUAUGGCAUCACAAGCUAAAGCAGCUGAAGUUUUAGCUGUAUUAAAAAAUGCUGGUGAUGACCGUGAUUGUGAAAAUCAAUUAGUUCUUUUACUUGGUUAUGAUUGUUUUGAUUUUAUAAAAGUACUAAAAAAAAAUCGACUUAUGAUUUUAUAUUGUACAUUAUUGGCAUCAUCUCAAAGUGAAUCUGAACGUGCUGCUUUACGUAAAAAAAUGGAUUCUGACCCAUUUCUAUCCAAGAUCUUACGACAAAUGGAUACUAAAGAAAUUGAUGAUAUUAAAGAUAGUAGUGCAAGUGCUGCCAAUAAAAAGAGACGAGCUGCUGAUGAAGAUGAUGAUGAUAUGAAUACUGGUGAUCCUAAACAACAGGUUGCUGGCACUAGAAAAGUUUUAGAUUUGGAUGAUUUAAUAUUUUCCCAAGGAUCUCAUUUUAUGUCAAAUAAGAGAUGUCAGCUUCCUGAUGGAUCCUUUAGAAAACAACGUAAAGGUUAUGAAGAAGUUCAUGUACCUGCGUUAAAACCAAAACCGUACAGUGAAGAGGAAUCAUUGGUUCCUAUUGACAAGUUACCAAAAUAUGUUCAACCUGCUUUUGAAGAUUUCAAAACUUUAAAUAGAAUACAAUCAAGGCUUCAAAAAAGUUGUCUGGAAUCUGAUGAAAAUUUAUUGCUUUGUGCUCCUACAGGUGCUGGUAAAACAAAUGUUGCCUUAUUGUGUAUGUUGAGAGAAAUUGGAAAGCAUAUUAAUAGUGAUGGUACUAUAAAUGCAGAUGAAUUUAAAAUCAUUUAUAUAGCCCCCAUGAGAUCACUUGUACAAGAAAUGGUUGGAAGUUUUGGAAAGAGGUUAAGUAGUUAUAAUCUAACCGUAUCUGAAUUAACUGGUGAUCAUCAGCUAACACGUGAACAGAUACAAGCUACACAAGUUAUUGUUUGCACACCAGAAAAAUGGGAUAUUAUAACUAGGAAAGGUGGUGAAAAGACAUUUGUGUCCCUUGUCAGACUCAUCAUUAUUGAUGAAGUACAUUUAUUACAUGAUGAACGUGGACCUGUUCUUGAGGCUCUAGUUGCCAGAACAAUUAGAAACAUAGAAACAAUACAAGAGGAGGUUCGUUUAGUUGGGCUUAGUGCUACAUUGCCAAACUAUCAAGAUGUUGCAACUCUUCUUAGGGUUAAGCCUGAUUCCGGUUUAUUCUAUUUUGACAACUCAUUCAGACCAGUUCCAUUAGAGCAACAGUAUAUAGGUAUAACUGAGAAAAAAGCUGUUAAACGUUUCCAAGUUAUGAAUGAAAUUGUGUAUGAAAAAAUUAUGGAACAUGCUGGCCGUAAUCAAAUUUUAGUGUUUGUUCAUUCCAGAAAAGAAACAGGAAAAACUGCUAGAGCUAUCAGGGAUAUGUGUUUGGAAAAAGAUACUUUAGGACAUUUCUUACGUGAAGGUUCUGCAUCUAUGGAAGUUUUACGUACUGAAGCUGAACAAGUCAAAAAUCAAGAACUUAGGGAUUUACUUCCUUAUGGUUUUGCUAUACAUCAUGCUGGUAUGACUCGUGUAGACAGAACAUUGGUUGAAGAUUUAUUUGCUGAUCGUCAUAUUCAAGUAUUAGUCUCAACAGCUACUUUAGCUUGGGGUGUAAAUUUACCAGCUCAUACUGUCAUCAUUAAAGGUACUCAAGUUUAUAGUCCAGAAAAAGGACGUUGGGUGGAACUCGGUGCAUUAGAUGUUUUACAGAUGUUGGGUCGUGCUGGACGUCCUCAGUAUGAUACUAAAGGUGAAGGUAUCCUUAUUACAAAUCAUAGUGAACUGCAAUAUUAUCUAUCUUUAUUAAAUCAACAGCUUCCAAUUGAAUCCCAAAUGGUUUCCAAGCUUCCAGAUAUGUUAAAUGCAGAAAUUGUACUUGGUACAAUACAAAGUGUUAAAGAAGCUGUGACUUGGUUAGGUUAUACUUAUUUGUAUAUUCGUAUGUUACGCUCUCCUGCAUUAUACACUAUUACUCAGGAAAAAUUAGAAGUUGAUCCGUUAUUGGAAGUACAUAGAGCAGAUAUUGUUCAUACUGCUGCUAUACAAUUAGAGAGAAGCAAUCUUAUUAAAUAUGAUCGAAAAUCUGGUUAUUUUCAGGUGACUGAACUUGGUCGUAUUGCUAGUCAUUACUAUUGUACUCACGACACAAUGGCUACAUAUAAUCAGUUAUUAAAACCAACUUUAAGUGAAAUUGAGCUAUUUAGAGUAUUUUCAUUAUCUGGAGAAUUUCGUCACAUAGGAGUAAGAGAUGAAGAAAAAUUAGAGCUUCAAAAAUUAAUGGAACGUGUACCUAUUCCUAUAAAAGAAGGCAUAGAAGAACCUAGUGCAAAAAUAAAUAUACUUCUUCAAGCAUACAUAUCCCAGUUGAAACUUGAAGGAUUUGCAUUGAUGUCGGAUAUGGUAUUUGUAACCCAAUCAGCUGCUCGUUUAAUGCGUGCUAUUUUUGAAAUUGUAUUGCACCGUGGUUGGGCACAGUUAGCUGAUAAAGCUCUUAGUCUUUGCAAAAUGAUUGAUAGGCGAAUGUGGCAAAGUAUGUCACCAUUGAGACAAUUUAGAAAGAUGCCUGAAGAAAUUGUUCGAAAAAUUGAGAAAAAAAAUUUCCCAUGGGAAAGAUUAUAUGAUCUUGGGCCUAGUGAAAUUGGUGAAUUAAUUCGUGUUCCUAAACUUGGAAAAACUAUUCACAGAUAUGUUCAUCAAUUCCCUAAGUUGGAAUUAUCUACACACAUUCAGCCAGUCACUAGAUCUACACUAAGAGUUGAAUUGACAAUUACUCCAGACUUUCAGUGGGAUGAAAAAUUGCAUGGAAAUUCUGAAGCAUUUUGGGUGUUGGUUGAAGAUGUUGAUUCUGAAGUUAUUCUUCAUCACGAAUUCUUUUUAUUGAAAGCUAAAUAUGCUACUGAUGAGCAUUUGCUUAAAUUUUUUGUACCUGUUUUUGAACCUUUACCUCCUCAAUAUUUCCUCAGAAUUGUUUCUGAUCGUUGGAUUGGUUCAGAAACACAAUUACCUGUUUCAUUUAGACAUUUGCUAUUGCCAGAAAAAAAUGUACCACCUACUGAACUUUUAGAUUUGCAGCCACUUCCUGUAUCAGCACUUCGUAAUAAAGUGUUUGAAGAACUUUAUGCUGAGAGAUUUCAUCAAUUCAAUCCCAUUCAGACUCAAGUAUUUAAUGCUGUAUAUAAUAGCGAUGAAAAUGUAUUUAUUGGAGCUCCAACUGGAUCUGGAAAAACUGCUAUUGCUGAGUUUGCACUCUAUCGUCUUUUGAGUCAGAAUCCUGAUCAUCGUUGUGUUUAUUUGGUCGCUAAAGAAUCGCAAGCAGAAUUAAUUUACUCCAGCUGGCAUGUGAUAUUUGGAAUUGGACUCGCUAGAAAAGUAGUACUUUUGACAGGUGAAAUUGGAACAGAUUUAAAGUUGUUAGCUAAAGGACAAAUUAUAGUGACAACUGCAGAGAAGUGGGAUGUAUUAUCUCGGCGAUGGAAGCAAAGGAAAAAUGUGCAAAAUAUUAAUCUUUUUAUCGUGGAUGAACUUCAAUUGAUUGGAGGUGAAGAUGGACCAGUUUUAGAAAUAGUUUGCUCCAGAAUGCGGUAUAUUGCUUCACAAACUGAAAAACAAAUGCGUGUUGUUGCCCUCUCAGCUCCACUUGCUGAUGCCAGAGAUUUAGCUCUAUGGUUAGGGGCACCAGCUACAACUACAUUUAAUUUCCAUCCAAGUGUUAGACCUGUACCAUUAGAACUUCAUGUGCAAGGGUAUAAUGUCACUCAUAAUGCUACCAGAUUAGUGGCAAUGGGCAAACCAACUUACAAUGCUAUAUUAAAAUAUAGUUUGGAGAAACCGGUAAUUAUAUUUGUACCAUCAAGGAAACAAGCCCGUCUUACUGCUAUUGACCUAUUAACUUACACUGCUGCUGACAACCAGCCUAAUCGUUUUAUACACGCUGAAGAAGAUGACAUUAAGCCAUUUUUGGAGAAAAUUUCCGAUAAGACAUUGAAAGAGACAUUGCUCCAAGGAGUAGCAUAUUUACAUGAAGGUGUUAGUGCCCAAGAUCAAAGAUGGGUUCAACAAUUAUUUUUCACUGGAGCAAUUCAAGUUGUAGUUGUGACUAGAAGUCUUUGUUGGGCUUUAAGUAUUACAUCUCAUUUAGUUAUUAUUAUGGAUACACAGUUCUAUGAUGGGAAAACACAUGCUUAUGAAGAUUAUCCCAUUACUGAUGUUAUUCAAAUGGUAGGACGAGCUAAUCGACCAUUAGAUGAUGAUGAUUCAAAAUGUGUAUUAAUGUGUCAAUCAUCUAAAAAAGAUUUCUUUAAAAAGUUCUUAAAUGAGCCAUUGCCAGUAGAAAGUCAUUUAGAUCAUCGAUUACAUGAUCACUUCAAUGCUGAGAUUGUUACUAAAACUAUUGAGAAUAAACAGGAUGCUGUUGAUUACAUGACUUGGACAUUCCUAUAUAGGCGACUUACACAGAAUGCUAAUUAUUAUAAUUUACAAGGUAUAUCUCAUAGGCAUUUAUCAGAUUACUUGUCAGAACUUGUUGAAACUACAUUAAAUGAUUUGAACCAAUCAAAGUGUAUAAGUAUUGAAGACGAGAUUGACUGUAUUCCAUUGAAUUUGGGCAUGAUUGCUGCUUAUUACUAUAUCAAUUAUACAACUAUUGAAUUAUUUUCGUUAUCACUCAAUAAUAAAACAAAGAUUCGCGGACUGUUAGAAAUUAUAAGUUCAGCUGCUGAAUAUGAAAAGAUACCAGUUAGACAUCGUGAAGAUACUCUUCUUAAGAGUCUUGCUCAUCGUUUACCAAACAAAUUACAACCAGCUUCUGGUCAAUCAUCAAUAAGGUAUAAUGAUCCACAUGUCAAAGUUAAUUUAUUACUUCAAGCCCAUUUAUCUCGUUUACAACUUGGUGCAGAACUACAAGGAGAUACUGAAGUCAUAUUAGCUAGAGCAAUACGUUUAAUACAAGCAUGUGUUGAUGUCUUGAGUUCUAAUGGUUGGUUAUCACCAGCUGUGGCUGCUAUGGAACUAGCUCAAAUGAUUACUCAAGCAAUGUGGGCUAAAGAUUCUUAUCUCAAACAACUUCCUCACUUUACAUCAGACAUUAUAAAGAGAUGUACUGAUGCAGGUAUUGAAACUGUAUUUGAUAUCAUGGAAUUGGAAGAUGAAGAUCGUACCAAGUUGCUGCAGCUAGACGAUAGUGAAAUGGCUGAUGUUGCAAGAUUCUGUAAUCGUUAUCCUAAUAUUGAAUUAAGUUAUGAAGUGGCAAACAAAAACCGUAUAUCUGCUGGUUCGAGUGUAAAUGUCACAGUAAGUUUAGAAAGAGAAGAUGAAGUUGUUGGACCAGUUAUUGCUCCCUUUUUUCCACAAAAACGAGAAGAAGGUUGGUGGUUAGUAAUUGGAGAUCCAAAAAAUAAUUCAUUACUUUCUAUUAAGAGAUUGACUUUACAGCAAAAGGCUAAAGUGAAAUUAGAUUUUGUAGCACCCAAUCCUGGAAAUUACUCUUAUACGUUGUACUUUAUGAGUGAUGCUUACAUGGGUUGUGAUCAGGAAUAUAAAAUGAAUAUCGAUGUUGGUGAUUAUAAUUCUGCUGAAAGUGAGUCAGAUUAAGCUUACAUAACAGUCUCAAAAAUAUUAUUUAUGUACCUAAGAAAACUAAUUUUUAUAUUGUAAGAAAAUUGUUCUUGUAUUAUUUUAAUUAUUUUUAACAGAAACAAUCAUUAAAUUGACUAGAUCAUAUAAAUGAUCUACAUAAAUA